GCUCGCAGCGUCCCGACGCCGUCUGCCGGCCUGGGAGCAUGGUGCGACUUCCAGUGGGGGAAGGAGAAGAGCGGCUCGGCGGAGGCUCGAGCGGCGAGUGGAACAGCACGCGGAGCGGCUGCUGUCUGCGCUUGAAGACCUGGAGGUCCUGUCGAGGGAACUUAUAGAAAUGCUGGCAAUUUCAAGAAACCAAAAGUUGUUGCAGUCGGGAGAAGAAAACCAGGUCCUGGAGUUGUUAAUUAUCCGAGAUGGGGAAUUUCAGGAACUAAUGAAAUUAGCACUUAAUCAGGGAAAAAUCCAUCAUGAAAUGCAAGUUUUAGAAAAAGAAGUAGAGAAGAGAGACAGUGAUAUUCAGCAACUACAAAAACAACUAAAGGAAGCAGAACAAAUACUGGCAACAGCUGUUUAUCAAGCAAAAGAGAAACUUAAGUCAAUAGAAAAAGCAAGAAAAGGUGCUAUCUCCUCUGAAGAAAUAAUUAAGUAUGCACAUAGGAUUAGUGCAAGUAAUGCUGUGUGUGCUCCACUGACCUGGGUUCCAGGGGACCCUCGGAGACCAUACCCAACUGAUUUAGAGAUGAGAAGUGGGUUAUUGGGUCAGAUGAAUAAUCCUUCCACUAAUGGUGUGAACGGUCAUUUACCAGGGGAUGCACUUGCUGCGGGCAGACUGCCAGAUGUCCUUGCUCCACAGUAUCCAUGGCAGUCAAAUGAUAUGGCAAUGAAUAUGCUACCACCAAAUCACAGUAAUGACUUCCUGCUGGAACCUCCUGGGCACAAUAAAGAAAAUGAAGAUGAUGUGGAGGUUAUGUCAACAGACUCCUCAAGUAGUAGCAGUGACUCUGAUUAAAAAAACAUAAAAGACAGAAUACAGAAUUGAAAACUGUAAAAUUCUGUUUCUUAAACAGUGGCAGGGAAAUGUAAACUACAAAUGUAUAGAAAUAGCCAGGCAAAUACUGGCUAUGGUAGAAUUGUGCAGCCCAUUAAAAAUCAAAGUGAACUUUCUUUUUAAAACCAAAAGUCAUGGUUUUAGUUAUAAUCCACUAGGCAAAUAUUUAGGAAUGGUCAAAAUUUACUGUUGCAAAAAAAAAGAUUAUUCAGUUGUUUAGUGCUGCCUUACCUGUUCUGUUCCAUUUGUGCUGAAUUUGUACAUAGUAGUUCUGGAAAUGAGAUUUGAAGGAAAUGAUCCAUGUACAUAGCCUCUAAUAGGCUUCCUGAAGGUAUUUAGAAAACCAUUUUUAAAAGGCAGUAGAUUACUGAAUAUGCGUCAUAUUUCAGAAUAACAAAGAUCCUCAUUAGAAAAUGAAGGCUCUUGGCAUCUUGUUACAGGAACAGGGAAAAUGUCUCAUUUUGUACUGUUUGUAAUUACUGUAAUUUUUGUAAAUAAAUUUUUGUUUGUACUUUG